AUUAGUCUGCUUGCAAGAUUUCUAUGAAUAGGCCACGUCAUGAAGCUUGCGUUUCUUGAUGCGAAACACUAGUAGUAAUAAAACACACAUCUACAUUUGUCAGGACUUUCUCUGCACAAUUAUACGUGGUGGACUUAUCUUUUCAUUUACCAAGAAGUGCAGGUUUAAAUUGACCUUAGAAUGUUUCGAGGAAGAAUAAGAAUGCAUACAUGCCGCAUCAUCUUGUUUACUUCGUUGGUGUGGUUCCUGCUGGAUGUGGCGGUCCUUUUUUACUACUCGGAUUCGCCGACCCCAUCGCGAGGUAACAAUGUCGGCGAUGGAAAUCCUGGCCCUGUACCCCACAAUUCUAUGGGCAUUCUUGGCGCCCAAGCUGCUGGAGCUCAUCCAGCAAAGCGAGACAUUCUUGAUGAUUCGAAUAACGCCGUGAAUAAUUUCGAUUCGGCAGCAUCACACUCCAACCAGAAGGAUCAGGAGGUUAUAGAAGUGGAUGAACGUGGAUUUUCCUUGAAAUACGCUAAGAAUCGACUUAAGAAAUGGUCGCUAGCGCCUGUCGUUCCAGAACAAGCUGGGCAGCCUGGAGAAAUGGGCAAGCCCGUUCACUUGCCUGCCGAUCAAGAAUCCUUGAUGAGAGAGAAGUUUCGUCUCAACCAGUUCAAUCUGUUGGCCUCAGAUUCUAUUUCUCUAAACCGAUCAUUACCGGACGUUCGUCUGGAAGGGUGUCGUGACAAGUCUUAUCCCGGCCUCCUCCCAACUACCAGUAUCGUCAUCGUUUUUCACAAUGAGGCUUGGUCGACGUUGCUUCGCACUGUGUGGUCCAUCAUAACACGCUCGCCACGUGAAUUGCUGGCUGAAAUUAUCUUGGUGGAUGAUGCAAGCGAAAGAGACUAUCUUGGGAAAGAAUUGGAAGAUCAUGUAGCUAAUUUUCCCGUGCCUGUUCAUGUGCUGCGCACUCACAAGCGUUCAGGACUCAUCCGCGCUCGCCUUAUCGGCGCCAAACAAGUGAAAGGACAGGUCAUCACUUUUCUCGAUGCUCACUGUGAAUGCACUGAAGGCUGGCUGGAACCUCUGUUGGCUCGUGUGGCAGAAAACAGGAAAAUUGUGGUGUGCCCGAUCAUUGAUGUAAUAUCUGACGAAUCCUUUGAAUACGUCACUGCGUCUGAUAUGACAUGGGGAGGCUUUAACUGGAAGCUAAAUUUCCGUUGGUAUCGCGUUCCGCAGCGAGAGAUGGACCGAAGGAAUGGUGAUCGUACCCAGCCAUUGAGGACACCAACAAUGGCCGGAGGACUGUUUUCGAUCGAUAAAGAUUAUUUUGAAGAAAUUGGCACCUACGAUGAAGGCAUGGACAUUUGGGGUGGAGAAAAUCUCGAAAUGUCAUUCAGGGUAUGGCAAUGUGGUGGCGAACUGGAAAUAAUUCCGUGUUCACAUGUUGGUCACGUGUUUCGGGACAAGUCGCCUUAUUCGUUCCCUGGGGGUGUUGCCAAAAUUGUCAACAAAAAUGCCGCAAGAGUAGCCGAGGUCUGGAUGGAUCGCUGGAAGGAUUUCUUCUACGAGAUGAACCCAGGUGCUCGGAGUGUCGAAGUUGGAGAUGUGUCUUCCAGACGUGCAUUGAGAAAGAAACUUCAGUGUAAAAGCUUUCGUUGGUAUCUGGAAAAUGUUUAUCCAGAAUCUCAAAUGCCUUUGGACUAUUUCUUCCUCGGAGAAAUUCGCAAUGCCGAAACGCAGACAUGCUUGGACACAAUGGGUCGCAAAGGAGGUGAAAACGUUGGGAUCUCAUACUGUCAUGGUCUUGGCGGAAAUCAAGUAUUUGCCUAUACUAAACGCCAGCAAAUCAUGUCCGAUGACAACUGUUUGGACGCCACUGGAACUGAUGGAAUUGUUAAACUCAUUCGUUGCCACGGUAUGGGUGGCAACCAAGCGUGGCUUUAUGAAGCUCAGGAUGGACUUAUACGGCACGUGAAUUCCGGACGUUGCUUAUCCAAACCGGAGUCGCGUGAUGUGACUUUGCCCAUCUUGCGAAGAUGUGACGGAUCGGCGGGCCAGCAGUGGAUUAUGAAGAGUCGGUUCAAGUGGCAGGCGACUAUAGACGAUAAUUCCUUGUAAAUUUGCUUCGACCUUUUUCAAACCUUCCAAAGAAAAAAAAAAAGUUAGACAAAACGUGUUGUCGUAUGACACCUGUACAUAAGUGAAAGGUUGCCAUUCAAAUAAGAUUGGAGCUCGUGAUGCCGUCCUCUUUACAACUUCCAUGUUUUCUAAUGUGCCGUCUUUUGUUGAACCACAUGACACAUUCCAUCUCUUUUCGAUUGCAAGGGUGCGUGCUUCGAGAUGAUCAGCAACGACAGUAUGACAUAACAGAGGUUUAGUUGGACUGGACUUCUACUGCUUUUUUGUUUCCAUUCCACAUAUUUCACCUUCUGCAAUACCUGUGCUUUGAUAGGUUUUUCUAAGGUCUCGCAAUCGUAACUUUUUAAGAUAUAUGCUGGAAUAUAAUUAAUGUGGAAAGACUAAUGGACUGACUGAUUCCACAACAUUUUAAAUUAUCCAUCUUCAACUUGUUCCAUAAUUGAAUGAAUACAGAUAUUGUUGUCUAAAAUUUA